GCCCCUUCCGCCCGUUCUCCCCAGCGCCUGAAAAUACCCCCGCCCUUCUUGCCGACAACGCUGGCACCGCCAACUCUCCUUUACAACGCCUAGCACAACACAGCACACUCUUUGAAAUUAUCUGAAAUUAUCCCUAAUCCUCAUCCCACACUCGACAUGCCCCCGACACCAACCCGCCAUCCGACCCUCCUCGCCUCCCUCCUCCUCCUCUUCACCGCCACUGCCCCCGCCAUGGCCGACUCCGCCGCCCCCUCAUCCCUCCCCCAGGUGGACUUUUCGAAAAUGGGCACCGUAGGCCUGGGCGGUUCCUUUUCAGGCCUCGACUGGUGGUCCGACGACUCGCCCUACGCGUCGUCCUCAUCCUCAGAGACCACCUUUUCGACAGACGGAGACACGCUCUUCUACCGGACAGCAGAGGGGAGGUUCAAGCCGCUGGCGAGCACGGACGCUGGAGGGGUGAUAAGCGCACUGUGCUGGUCUGCGGGGACGGAUGAUUCCUCAAACGGGACGUUAUACGUCGGCGGGACCUUCACCACCCUCUCCGGCACCGACGUCAAUAAUGUCGCGUCCUUUACCCUCGCCGACGGCUCUGUCAAGGCGCUGGGCACUGGACUGUCGGGCGAAGUCGACACGGUCUACUGUGACGACGACAACUCCCAAGUCUGGUUUGGAGGGUCCUUUGACGCGCCCACGGGCACAGGAGGCAAUGUCGCCCUAUGGUCAACGGCGUCCAGUGUCUGGGAGACGCCUGCAUUCGGGGGCCUCAAUGGACGCGUGGAGAGCAUAUCACCGUCAUCGAAUGGGUCGAGUAUCUACUUUGGCGGUGAUUUCACCAUCUCCUACGUGUCCAACUCGACGUCCCUAACCAACUCCUCCUCGACCACCAACGGCACAACAGGCAACAGCAGUACCACCUCUGUCCAGUCUGCCCCUGAUAACACGACCACUGUCGGCAACUCUGGCUACCUUACACCUUUGACGGUGUCUGCGUCCAGUUCAUCGACCGCCUCGUAUCAAAUACAAGCAGGCCCGAGCACCGACCAAUCUGAGUACUCUAAUACGGAUGUGCUCCUGUGCCCCGACAGUGGAAUAUGGUUAGCCCAAGACAAUACCAUUGCCAAUGUCAACAUUGUCGGGCAGAGCUACCUAGCGGCGACCGGUAUUCGAGUCGUGAACGGACUUGUGGAGGGUCGAGGGACUACGACUUUCUGCUUCACCAUGCUCCCGUGGUACGCCGAUCUCAACAUGACGUAUACCGACCCGAUCACCGGCGAGGUCAACACUUGCACCACCCACUGUCCCCUUUACAACUCUUCAUCGACUUCUGCCCAAGAUUUCGUCUUUACCGAGGGUACACAGAAUCUUACUGGAUUUGAGAUGCAGCUUAAGGGUUGGCUCGGAGAUGGUGCUGGAUUGAGCAGUGUGUCGUUGUUGACUGACGGCGCGUACAUCUCUGCCGCAUCUUCCUCUGACGACACCGUCACUUGCUCUAGUGGCAGCGAUAACAACGGGUCUAUCCAGACCACUGGUGAUUGGGAAAGCAAGACUAUCGCCACAGACUCUGCCACCAACACGUACCUCGAGGCUACAAACUCUGUCGCCAAUCCCACCUAUCCUUCCGUUACAUUCUAUCCUUACGUCUCUUCUGCGGGCAACUACGACAUCUACGUCUUCAUCCCCGGAUGUCUGAAUGCUGGCGACUGCAACUCGAGGACGAGCGUCGAUAUUGAAGUCUUCCCCUUCUCGGGUGGCAUGGGCUGGACCAGCACCAUCUCCGAGCAGGUCGACUAUGACACCAAGACCUUGGUGUACUCUGGUACCGUCGGCGCUUCCACGGACGACUUUACCCCCACCGUCAGUCUUGCCCUCUCAUCCAGUCCCGCCAAACCGGCUCGGGGCAACAGGUAUACUGUCGUCGCCGACAAGGUGCAGAUGACCCUCACCAGUUUGUCUGGCCAGGCGACCAACGCCAGCUCGUCCACCACCUCGACUUCUCCUGUACUCAAUGGUACUUCUGCCGGCACUCCCGAUACCAACGGCACCACCACCAUCAACUCUACCUCGAUGACCAACCUGUCGUACAACAUUGCGUAUGGUGUCUACGAGUGGCCGCGAACGGUUGCUUUGAAUGUCAAUGCUGCCACCUCGGCUCUGAGCAACGUUACCGAGACUCCCCUUGCUCGCUUGGGCUUUUCUCUCGACGCCGCUCUCAACGCUUCUGGGUCUGACGCUUCGGCUUGGGUAGUCAACACUAUCGUCGCUCACGACAACACUGUCUUUGUUGGUGGCGACUUUUCUUCCACCAACAACUAUACCAACGUUCUCUCCAUCGAUGCUUCCUCUGGCGAAGCCUCUGCGCUUGCUUCUCAAGGUCUUGGGGGUAUUGUCAACACUGCCGUCGUGGCCGAUGGCUAUAUCUUCUUUGGCGGUGACUUUACCGCUACAGCGUCCUCCGGCGAAACAGGCCUCAAGUACGUUGCUAGGUACGAUCCCAGCAGUAAAGCAUGGGCUGCGCUUGGUGGCGGUGUUGAUGGUCUCGUGACCGACCUUCUCGCAUCCGCCACCUCGACCACCGAAGUCAUUGUCAUUGGCAACUUUACGAGUGUCAUCAAUGCCGACGGGUCCACCAACCAGACUGGCGGUUUCGCUAUCUGGGAUGAUAAGAACCAAGAGUGGACAACUACCGGUGUGUUGUUUGGCAACGUUUCGGCUGGUGCUGUGCCAUCGUCUUCGCAUGAGGAGGCAUACUUUGCGGGUAAGGUCUACGGAUCUGCCAGCAAUGCUGUUAGCGGUGUCGCCGUUCUUUCCACCAACUCCGAUGGCUCUGCUACCAUCUCUUCAUUGAACGGUGUGAGCUUUGGUACUGCCGGCUCAGCAUCCACUUCUUCCAACAGCACUUCCACCCGCCGAUCUCUCAACGUCAACUCUAUGGUCUCCCGAUCUUGGCUCAGCCGCUUCACCGAUGCCCUCGUUGAGCGCACUCUUCCCGGCCUCCUUCCCCGAGCUACUGCCCCCACCAUCGUCUCCGCAUCAUACCCCGCGCCUGCUGUUCUCACCGGUACAUACUGGACCAACUCGUCUGCGUCUGGUAAACCCACCGUGACCAUCCUUGGCGGCAACUUUACCUCUUCCUCUGGAAACGUUGAGGGUGUCGCCUUCCAUUCGAAGGGUGACGAUGCCUUGACAGGACCGACUACUGCUGUUACUGGUGUCGUCAGGGCUUUGGAUGUGGUUGGAGACAAGCUGUAUGUGGGUGGUGAAGGGGUUACUGUGGAUGGGGUUGGGAGUGGGUUGGUGGUAUAUGAUUUGAAGCAAGAUAGCUGGAUGACCAGUGGCAUGGCGUCUUUGAACGCCGCCUCUGAUUCUGAUCUCAUUGUCAACCAAAUCCAAACUCGACCCAACACCAACACCAUCGUCGUUGCGGGCAACUUUGCUUCGGCUGGUUCCCUCAACUGUGCUGGUGUCUGCCUUUGGGACUCUGAAGGUGGACGAUGGUCUACUCCUGGAUCUGGACUUUCUUCUGGAGAAGUGCGAAGCUUGGACUUUGCCGGUAACUCAUACGAUACUCUUAUCGCUGCUGGCUCUUUUGUCUUGUCCGACGGCACCGUUGCCUCUGUCGCUUCCUACAACUUUGGCAACUCGUCCUGGACCGCCCUCGGUUCUUUGAGUGGACCCGCACUCGCUGUUGUCGCCGAUGACAAGAAUGCCACCAACGUCUAUGCCGCCGGCUACUCGUCUUCUGAUGGCUCUCCCUUCCUCGAGCAGUGGAACGGCGUGACCUGGACUGCCCAGAACGACAGUCUCCAAUCCGGCUCUCUUGUCCAACAGCUCGCUUUCGUUCCCAUGUCUACCGAGCACACUGCGCAGGGCACCAUCGAGAACGACAGAAUGCUGUUGGUCUCUGGUGACCUCUACCUCGAGAACAUGGGUAACGCUACUAGCGCUCUCUAUGAUGGCGCCAACUGGUACCCUUACCUUGUCGGAUCCUCAUCCUCUGGCGGUAUCGGCGCUGGAUCCAGUCUGUUCUGGUCCGACUCGGACUUUUCCUUCAAGGUCAAGCACUUCCUCGCCCGAGGUCUUGUCGUCCUUGUGGCUAUCGCCAUCGCUACCGGUCUCAUCCUUCUGUUCAUCCUCCUCAUGCUCCUUCUCGCCUAUUUUAACCGCAGAAGGGACAACCGGGCUGCCCAAGAGCGCCAAGAGGCUUUCGGCAAGGAAGGCAGUGACGUGUCGUCUACCCACCAAAAUGUCUUUGCCAACGUGCAAGCUGCCCUCGAGGCUUCUCUCGUCGGCGGCGGGCUGGCUGGUGCUGGUGUGGCUGCGGCUACCAAGAAGCGCGAGUCUUCCCGGGCGCGAGACAGACUGUCCGACCCGAGCUCUUACAACUCUGGCGCGUAUCCUAUCGGCUCUGAUGCUGGUGGGUAUGCGGACGAUGAUGAUGAGGCGUACGAGAGGGAGACGACGAUGAGGUACGACUUUGACGGACCGGAGUUGCAGGAAGGAGAGAUGGCGAUGAAGGCGGGACAGGCGGUUGUGAUCUUGGACGAUGAGCAGAGCCAUGAGUGGUGGUAUGCGAGAGACCCAGCGACAGGGAGAGAGGGUAUGAUUCCGGCGACUUAUGUCUGGUAGAGAAUCCGAAGACGAUGUUUCUUGACGAUUAACGAUCUUUAACGAGUCUUGUGAUAGAGGAAUACACACUGGCCUUUUAAUCACUUAUAAUGUAUAUACCCAUAGCGAUACCCCACAUACCUAGCCACAAAAACAACCCCCACCUCGAUUCCAUAGCUUGUAGCAGCGACGGACAUCAAUCUUUUUCCUAUUCGAUUUCUAGCAGAUAUCUGUGUAUUGUACAUAUUAGGCUUUUGGGGGCAGUUUGGCGAUCCGUAUCUUUUCCAUAUACUCGAGUACGGGAAGAAGAUGCAGAAAUAUACCAAGACA